UCUUGUUUUCUUACGACACUUAGGAAGCGCGCAAAUAGGCUUAGAAGUCGCCCUCUGAAAGGGGUCUAAGAGGAGGGUUAGAUCUAUCAAUACUGUUCACCCUCAAAACACCUCAACAGUUUCUUCAUUCUCAAAGAGUCUUCACAUCCACUCUCGACCCCUUGCAUCUUGGUAAUUACCUCCUUUAAUUACACUACCGCCAAUCUUCACGAAGCUUGUUUUGUGCUCAGAGGGAACUGAAGUCAUGUCGUUGUCACAGGGAGACACUCACACCACAAACAUGACCCCUCAGAAUCCGAGAAUGACUCGGCUGCAAGUCACCCUGAGUGCAAAUAAUAAGGGUAGGGUAGAGGAUGGCUCUGCUGCUCCUGGCAAGGCAAUGACAGACCUAUUGGAGUCAGACUCAAAUUCUCCUCGUCUGAGAGCGAUACGGCGUACCUCAAGAAACAAGACCGCGAAUAAGGACCUACCGAAAGGAACAUCCAAAAUUGGUGCAAAGCGAGGCAUUGAAGCUGUAGAGCUGAAUAUAUUCAGCAAGCCGAAACGGCAAAAAACUACCACAGCAAGGGCUGUAGGAGUGCACACCCCAUCGAAGCUUGGGAAACGGAAGUUUAAGGAUGAACCCAUGGACAGUGAAUCUGAGGAGCUGUCAGAUCUUGAAGUGAAACACGGUUCCGGUGUUUCUAAGAAGCCUUUGAAGGUCAGCAAGACCAAGGACUCACUCAACGAGUCAUUAUGGCGGUCAAAUCAAAGACCGACAGGGACCGCGGCUUCGGACACUGUCCAGCCUGGGGACAAUGACAGAGUUCGUUACGAUUUCCGGCUUCGUGAGCCAUCAACAUUCGGGCAAGGCCAGACCUCGACAAUAAAAGCAGAUGCUAGAUCAUCCAGUACCGGAGCACCUUCGGUUCGGAAACAAACCAUGCUCUGGGUGGGGUCCCCCGUUAAAGGCACCAAACGACAGCCUUACCAUGCACCAAGCAGUAAAGGCAUUGCAGAGAAAGGAUGUACCAACAGUACCCUCGAAACACCCGAGUUGGUCAAAGCGGGCGUAAGCCACGAAUUUUACAGCAAAGUGGAGUCCAACAUAGAAGGCAGCGUCCACAGGCUCGACGAAACCCUCACUUACUUGCUUGCCACCAGGCAAGAUGGAUCGUCGAUUGCAGAGACCCCUUUCAAGCAGUACUUUGCGAACAAAAAGGCUAGUCUGACCAAGAAACUCGAUUUUCUCGUCGACAAUAUUGCCGCAUACUGCCAUGACGGGACGACCGUCAAGUACAAGGCCUGGAAGAAAAAUGGAUGCCCACAAUUUAAUGGGAUCCCAGUGCUGGCAAGACCUGUGCCUCGUUGGGAACCCAUCGAGGAAGGGUCGAAAAAAUCUCGGAAUGUCACCUCGGGCAAGCCUACCUCACAUGCAAAUACCUCAGGAAAGGAGCCAGCAUCUACCACACCUCCUGAUACGACCGAGGUUCCGGGGACCAGUAGCAAAAGUCCCAUCGUGGUCGACGACAGUCUUGACAGCCAGGACAGCCAGGACCCGAACGAGUCCGAUGAGGACCAUUCAAGCACGCGGUCCUCACCCACCCGGGAGACCGAAGAGGCAGACCGCGAACUGCAUGGCUUAACAGGGGCCGAGAAUGAGAGGCUCAGAGACCACUGUAUCAAGCGAGGCGCUCUCCUUGAAUCCUGCUUUCACACCUUGUGUGAUCGUCUCAAUAUUCCCCAGCCGCACAACAAUUCUCAGAUCCGGGGGCUGGGGUUCACUCCCAAGGCACUCGCUCGCGAGUUCUUGCUGGAGUUCCCAAACUUCUGUGAGCCGGUCCGGGUGUCGGUUAUUCGGGUUGGGGCUUUUUUGGAGAGCGUCUUUUCGCACCACCUGUCGGGGCCAGACUUCUACCGAACGACUAGCCCCCAAGGUCUUCCCACACCGGACCCAACACCGGAAACCGAGAGUUCUGUAGGAUCUGUGGAUGCAGCUACCAGCCCAUCCGUGGCACAGGGGCCUGCAUCGGAGGCGAAUAUAGAAUUGCGUGUGGAUGGAGAGAACGAGGACCCUCAUGGAGGGCAGGAGGAAAUACCUCUUGCCAGUAACAAGAAACCGCGCAAACGAAAGCGCAGCACUGCAAAAGAGUCUCUCUCCGAUGACUACCUUUACGAGCAACGACUCAUAUGGCAGCGAAAUGCUUGGAACUCCACUCGUCCGCUCGAAUAUGUCGCUGCGGCCCGCGGCGACCGGGCUAAAUUGCGGUUCUUACACCGUCAGAGAGAGAUCACCCUGUUGAAACAACAGGAGCGCGAUAUCGCCGACGAGCUCCAAGAGCAGAAGUCGAAGAAAGUUAAGACGGACAAUGCCCAGCAGGUGUCUGGAUCUCCUCCAUCAGGCUGGCAGCUAUUCGACGCGGUAGCUGCCACGCGAGCUAUGUAUUCGCAACGGAAGUUGCAGUUUACCACGGAGAUCGCUACAGACGAAGCUUCGAAACAGCUCAUGGAAGAGGAUGAGGGGAGCCAUCACCAGUGGAAGCCCCUGCCAUAUAGGGCACAGGAAGAUAAGGCGGAGCGGCUUCGUGGCCUUGCAGAUUGGGCGAAAGUGGUGGACGAGCCAGUCUCUCCUCUGCCUGCUGCGGCUGCUCCUCGGAAGAGGAAGAAGUACCUGAGGAAGAGGAGAGGGUGGUAGUCCUUGCUAUCACCAACCAAGCGAGCCCGUUCCACGGCGUUAUUUGAGGCAGCAUGGGGGUGUAGGUUUUUUUUUUGUUACCCUGCGUGAUGAGUAAUGGAUUGUGUUUUGUUGAUUUCUACCAUGCGUUGGAUUCCUUCUCUUCUUUUCUUUCUCUUCUUUGGGUAUUUUCUUAC